GUAGGUCUGUUUUGGUGGAGCGUCUGGCUUUCAUCAGCUUGGGCCGGAAUUUGGAUUUGUUGGUUAGCAUCAUUCAUUGCUCCGAUCGCUUUGAGAAUUUCUUUGGGUAUCCUUGCCAUCAACUUCAAAAGACAGAUCACUUAUUUGGAAGUUUUACAAAAGUACGUUGCAACUUUUUUAUGGUCAAUUUUGAUUUGGAUAGCCUAUCUCACAAUGGUUUGGAUGCAUUUUCCUGGCUAUCAAGGGCUAUCCAACUAUUCAAGCAAUACGAAUUGGCUGAUCACUUUCAGUCGAUUCUUCUUCGGUUUGGCGAUUUGUUGUGCUUUGCUUUUAGCACAAAAGUUAGCCAUCCAAAGUAUAGCAAAUAGCUUUCAUGAAGUUACGUAUAGCGAUAGAAUCCGAUUGAUGAAAUAUCAUACCAGUGUUUUGGUAACCCUGUAUUCGCACGCCAAACGGAUCAAAUUUGGAACCAAUGGAAGCUUAGAAGGACAAGUGCUGAGGGCGGGCAAUAAGAUCAAUUGGUCACAUUUCAGAAAUACUUUGAGCCUAAAAGGACGAUCAACUCCUACGAUCAUGAAUUUCACCGUCAAAGUUCAAGAUAUUGGUGCUCCUCCGCUUGCGUUUACGAAUCCUUUCUCUGCUGAAGCGAUCGUUGAAUCAUCUCUCGAGAGUAGCGAUGAAACAAAGAAGCUGGCAAGAAGGAUAUUUGAUGCUUUUUCCAAUCCACUCUCACGUAGGGUGCUGACACUCGCGUCUAUUGAAACUGCUUUCAAGUCAAACAAGGAUGCCAUACGUGCAUAUGCCGUUCUGGAUCGAGAUGGGAAUGGCGAUUGUACCUGGGAAGAAGCCUUGUCAGUCUGUUUGGAGAUUCAUCGGGAGCGAAUGUGUUUGCUAGCCUCUAUGCAUGACGUUGAUGCAGCAGUUGCAAAAUUGGAUCACAUCUUACGCGGAGUUUGGAUAACGAUGUCAUGCGUGAUUGUGGCAGCCCUUUUGAGUACUCGAUUUUCGACCCUGAUCGCUUCUCUUGGAACUAUUUUGCUUGGUCUGUCUUGGUUGAUCAGCUCAACCGCUCAAGAAUCAUUAGCUUCGAUUGUAUGGGUCUUCUGUAAGCAUCCUAUCGAUGUCGGAGAUGUGAUUGGAUACACGGAUGGCGAUACAUUCGAAGUACAGGAAGUUCAACUAAUGUCAACCGUACUCAAGACUACAACAACAAAUAAACAUGUACAAGUCUCGAAUUACCUUCUCUCAUCAAAGCCAUUGGUGAAUUUGCGUAGAAGUGGACCUAUAGAAGAACCGUUUAUGCUGAGUGUGGGAUACGAUACCCCUUUGGAAUCGAUUGAAGCUUUACGGCAAGAUAUGUGCUCCUGGUUGGCCACUCAAGGCAGAGACUUUCGGCCAGGUUUUGACAUCGCUCUUGAAGGGCUAGAUGAUCAAGCACAACUGAAGCUUGUUCUCGCAAUUCGCUACAAAUCGAACUGGCAAGAUCCACCAUUACGUAUGCAGAGACGUAAUCGUUGGGUCUCCGCUCUGAAACAAUUGUUGAAGAAGAACGAGAUCUACGGCCCAGGUCACAUUCCCGCCGCAAAACCU